AUGGAUCAUAACAAAAAUGGGCUUAUUUUUGCCGUCGGAUUCCCUCUGAGUGUUCUUCUGAUAUCUCUCUUCUUAACCAUUGCUUCCUAUCUCUGCACCCCCAACAACGAUAACCCAUCUCAUGAUGAUCAAAACAUUGACCAAAACUUUGUCGCCAUUGAGUUAGACUGCGGCCUUGAAGAAGCAACUCUUCACAGCUUCCCAAAGCUCCUCUACUACCAAUUCAAUCUCAAGAAAAGCAGCUCAGAUAGCAUCGCUUCUUGUUGCUCCAUCUGCUUGGUGGAUUACAAAGAAAUUGACGUGCUUCAAUUGCUACCUGGUUGCGGCCAUUUCUUCCAUCUCAAGUGCGUCAACCCUUGGUUAAGGUUGUGUCCUUCCUGCCCGCUGUGUUGGAAGUCGCUAAUUGUAGCUCCGGUAGUGUCUCCUCUCGUUGAUCAAAAGCCUCCCUUGGCAACUCAGCAAGAUCAGCUCUAG